AUGAAGAAAGAGUCACCUUAUGUGGAGCGCUACACAAGUAGAAAAGAGUGGAAGAAAGACCUUGAUGCUGGAAUAAUGGAUCUGAACAUGGCAAUACUACUUGAGUCAGUAAUAGCAAAAACAAAACACCCACAGUUUAUGGAGUACGGACGCUUCAGAGAGAGAAGGGAGCCAGAAUAUCCGUCCAUCUUCGACAUCUUUCCCUGUCAACCGACUCCAGGACCUGCCCCUCGCAUCAAGAAAGAAGAGGAUAAGGACGAUACUCGGAAGGAAGGCCGUGCAGAGGGCCAUGCUGUUGGCCGUGUCAAGAAGAGGAAGGCAGCCAAAGAAAUACCACCGUCUGAUGACCACGAGCGCAGACACACCGAGCAGCGUCGCCGUCGCCGCAAGAGACGUGAGAAUAAACUGGUCGCUGCGUCGCAGGAGGGCCCUGCUGGGGUCCACGUUAUCGGACGCUUCAAAGUGAAUAACGUCGAAGAAGAUAAUCCACCGUUUAAGAAUCAAGACACCGACCUGCCUACACAAAGAGAGAUAUGCUCCGAGGAACGAGAUAUGAUAGUGGUCGAUGCGCCGCAGGAGGGCCCCAGUGAGGUGGAUAGUGCCAAGAUGGAUCAAGAGGAGGAGAUAGUAGCUGAGUGUCUCGUCAUUGCUGUCAAGAUGGAUUUGGAAGAGGAGGCAGCCGAGAGUCUCAUGGGUGCUGCCAAGAUGGGCGAAGUGUCUGGAGAUAUUGAGAAAGGGGCACAUGAGGUUCUUGUGAAUGCCGCUAACAUUGAUCCAGUAUGUGGAGAUGGGGAUGAAGGGGCAGCUAAGGGUCUCGUGAACGCUGCAAAGAUGGAAGAAGCCUGUCAGGAUUUAGAGGAGGAGGCAGCCGAGAGUCUGAUGGGUACUGCCAAGAUGGGCGAAGUGUCUGGAGAGAUUGAGGAAGGGGCAGAUGAUAGUCUCAUGGAUGCUGGAGAGAUUGGCCCAGUAUGUGUAGAUGAUGAGGAAGGUGUAGCUAAGGGCAUUGUGAAUGCUGCAAAGAUGGAACAAGCCUGUCAAGAUUUAGAGAAGGCGGCAACCGAGAGUCUGAUGGGUGCUGCCAAGAUGGGCGAAGUGUCUGGAGAGAUUGAGCAAGGGGCAGAUGAUGGUCUCAUGGAUGCUGGAGAGAUUGACCCAGUAUGUGCAGAUGAGGAAGAAGGGGCAGCUAAGGGCCUUGUGAAUGCUGAAAAAAUGGAACAAGCCUAUCAAGAUUUAGAGGAGGAAGCAGCCGAGAGUCUGAUGGGUGCUGCCAAGAUGGGCGAAGUGUCUGUAGAGAUUGAGAAAGGGGCAGAUGAUGGUCUCAUGGAUGCUGCAGAGAUUGACCCAGUAUGUGUAGAUGAGGAGGAAGGAGAAGUUAAGGGCCUUGUGAAUACUGCAAAGAUGGAACACCCCUGUCAUGAUGUAGAGGAGGAGGCAGCUAUGUGUAUCAUGGGUGCUACGAAGAUGUGUGAAGCGUUUAGAGAGAAUAUGGAAGCCGCAGAUGAGGGUCUUUUGGAUGCUGGAGAGAUUGACCCAGUAUGUGUACAUGAGGAGGAAGGGGCAGCUAAGGGCCUUGUGAAUGCUGAAAAGAUGGAACAAGCCAAUCAAGAUUUAGAGGAGGAGGCAGCCGAGAGUCUGAUGGGUGCUGCCAAGAUGGGCGAAGUGUCUGGAGAGAUUGAGAAAGGAGCAGAUGAUGGUCUCAUGGAUGCUGCAGAGAUUGGCCCAGUAUGUGUAGAUGAUGAGGAAGGUGUAGCUAAGGGCAUUGUGAAUGCUGCAAAGAUGGAACAAGCCUGUCAAGAUUUAGAGAAGGCGGCAACCGAGAGUCUGAUGGGUGCUGCCAAGAUGGGCGAAGUGUCUGGAGAGAUUGAGCAAGGGGCAGAUGAUGGUCUCAUGGAUGCUGGAGAGAUUGACCCAGUAUGUGUAGAUGAGGAAGAAGGGGCAGCUAAGGGCCUUGUGAAUGCUGAAAAAAUGGAACAAGCCUAUCAAGAUUUAGAGGAGGAAGCAGCCGAGAGUCUGAUGUGUGCUGCCAAGAUGGGCGAAGUGUCUGUAGAGAUUGAGAAAGGGGCAGAUGAUGGUCUCAUGGAUGCUGCAGAGAUUGACCCAGUAUGUGUAGAUGAGGAGGAAGGAGAAGUUAAGGGCCUUGUGAAUACUGCAAAGAUGGAACACCCCUGUCAUGAUGUAGAGGAGGAGGCAGCUGUGUGUAUCAUGGGUGCUACGAAGAUGUGUGAAGCGUUUAGAGAGAAUACGGAAGCCGCAGAUGAGGGUCUUUUGGAUGCUGGAGAGAUUGACCCAGUAUGUGUAGAUGAGGAGGAAGGGGCAGCUAAGGGCCUUGUGAAUGCUGAAAAGAUGGAACAAGCCAAUCAAGAUUUAGAGGAGGAGGCAGCCGAGAGUCUGAUGGGUGCUGCCAAGAUGGGCGAAGUGUCUGGAGAGAUUGAGAAAGGAGCAGAUGAUGGUCUCAUGGAUGCUGCAGAGAUUGACCCAGUAUGUGGAGAUGAGGAGGAAGGGGCAGGUAAGGGUCUCGUGAAUGCUGCCAGGGUGGAACAAACCCAUCAAGAAUUAGAGGAGGAGGUAGCUGAGAGUCACAUGGGUGCUGGCAAGAUGGUUGAUGACUGUGAAGACGAGGAGGAAGGGUCAGCUGAGACUCUCGUGAAUGUUGCCAAGACGGAACAAGCCCCUAGAUAUCUAGAGGAGGACGCAGCAGAGAGUCUCAAGGGCGCUGCCAAGAUGGAGGAAGUCCGUGUAGAGGUGGAGGAGGGGGCAGCUGGGAGUCUUUGUAGCCAACUCUUGGGUACCGCUUUUACCCACUGA